CAAAGUUUCGCUCUCAUUGGAAACCAGGGCUCUCUUGUCGUCAAUUUUGUGAAGCCAUCGGUUCUCAUAAUUAAAUCUAUUGUAACAUAUUUGGUGUCCGCUCGAGGAAUAGACUUCACAGACAUCUCUCCGAUUCCCGUAUUGAUGAGAAUAUAUUCAGUGCUGGCAUUAGUGCCGACAUCAGCGCCAACACAACUACUGAUGGCAUCGAUUGCUCAACAAAUUCAGUACGAAAUCAGUGAAAUACUUCUCAUUUACACCGAACUGUAUAUCAGUGGCAGUGAAUCGGACGAAGCCAUUGGUAAAAGCGUUUGGACUAAAAUGGCUAAACACGUGAUCGAUUACACCCUCUCAUCGCCGCUGGCUUUUGUUCACGGGCUCACACUCUUGUCGGAUGUGUUGCCCCAACCAUUACCACUGCUGGUAAAGCAACCGAUGCUCAGUCACGAAGUGCUCAAAACGGUUAACUUCAGAAAGUUAUGGUCACUACACCUGCAUGUGCUCAACGAUCGCAUCGAGACAUUGGUCUCCAAUUUCAUAACAAGUAAUUCACAACCGAUUCAAAUGUUGUUGAAAAGAGUUUGUAUCCAAUUGUGCGAUCUGUCGGUCCCAACGGUGACCACUGUUACCAAAUCUAUUUUCGACGAAUUGCUCUCAAGUCUCGAAACGUAUCACUUCUCGACUAAUGAGUCCCGAAAUGUUGCCAUUUGUCCGACGGUUCGCAUUUUGAAUGUCAUACAAGACUUGUCGACAAACAUUCCGUUCAGAAUUGGCUUUUUGUCACAUUUAAAGAAUUGUAGCCAAAAACCCGAUAAAAGUGCUCCCAUUUUAACAAGACUUCAAUCCGUUAUGAAUAAAUCGGUUCAAAUCAAUUCAAACGAGUUCUUAACAUUUAUACUUCAGUCCAAUCCAGACACUGAUGUCGUGACAACUGAGACCAAUAAUGUGGACACAACUGAAAAUAAUAAAACCGAAAUCAAUUCAAAUGAAAACAAUGUGUUAAAUACAGAAUCGUUAAGCGAUUACUUCGCCAGCCGUUCGGUGUUUGUCUUAGAAGACGAGCCGUUAGUUCCCGAAUGGGUGUCCGUUACGAACGACGACUCGGACCAAAUGGAUUUGUCGGACGCCAUUAAAAUUGAUUUAAUGGAUGUUUCGGCCAAAUAUUUUGGCCUAGAAUUCGACAUUCGAGCGAAUCUCGAAAAGUUAUGG